GUGUUGUUGACAUCAACGUGAACGAACAGCGCCUGCAGGAAGGUUGGAGGAUGCUGCAUUUCCUCUAGAAGCAGUCAUGGCGUUGGCAAGAGCCGCUGAUGUGAGUUGCAGGGUCCAAUGCAGCAAUUGUCACAGCUUUUCGAGGACCAGAGAGGACGUCUCUUCUUCAUUGUCUCGGAAGGCACCCGCGUUGCAAACACGUCGUCCGACAGGAGGCUUUGCAAAAGAAAAGUGGAAUUGUCGACAAAGAUGUUUCGGAAACUUCCAAGUGCUCAACGCAGGAUCAUCGACUCUGGGGUUGAGUGCACUUUUGAGACGUCUUGAAGGAACAAGCAACGGAAGGUUGCCUAGAGGAAGGUCGAGCAGACGGCUUGUGAAGGUUCAAUGCAGUGGCGGGAAGGAAGAGGAAAAAAAGACAAAUGUGGAAGACAAUGGUGGGAAAGGGGUGGCGACAAUCACUGAAGAGAAAGAACCAAAGGCGGACGAGAAGAGCAGCGCCACCGAUUCAAGCCUACAAACAGACGCAAGCAAGGAGAGUAAAGCGAGCAAGGAGGCCACGACCACUAGUGAUGCUGAAAAGGGCAAAGAGAAGGAGCCGCUCUCUUUGCAAGAUGCGAUUCGGCUGGACGCGUUCAACGUCUUAGAGCUGCUGGGGCCAGAGAAGGUGUAUCCAAAGGAUGUCAAGCUGCUCAAAGAAAAGGUCUUUGGUUACACCACCUUUUGGGUGACCAAGACGGAACCGACCGGCGAAUUUGGCGAAGGAACCGUCUUCAUUGGAAACCUGCGCGGAGAAAGGAGCCAGGUGUAUGCGAAGCUGAGGGCGGGGGUGCAAGAACUGUUUGGUUCCGAGAAGUACGAUCUGUUUAUGGUCGAAGAGGAGGACGCAGAGGGGGAGGAUGCGAGGGGAGGGCCGCGCGUCAGCUUCAAGUUGUUCCGAAAGGAGGUCAACGCGCCUGCCCCUACCAGCGUUUGGCAGUACCUUGUGGCGGCGGUGUUGCUUAUUCUGACGGGGGGGGCGUGCUUAGAGGUUGGGUUGGCCAGCCAGGUGUCCCGGCUACCGCCCGAGGUCGUUGCUUACUUUUCCAACCCGGACGUCGAUGUCGGCAACCCCCCGGAGUUGGAGCAACUGCUGCCCUUCGUGGAGUCGGCCCUCCCGCUUGCGUACGGCGUCUUUGGAGUGCAAGCCUUCCACGAGGUCGGCCAUUGGCUAGCGGCGUCAGCCAAGAAGGUCAAGCUCAGCAUUCCCUUCCUGAUACCCAGCCCCACGCUCGGCAGCUUUGGCGCCGUCACGCAGUUCAAGUCCCUCGUUCCUGACCGGACGUCCAAGUUCGACAUUGCGGUGUCCGGUCCUCUGGCGGGCGCCCUCUUCUCCCUUUCCCUGGUCGCUCUCGGCCUGACGCUCUCCGAUCCGGCCAGCCCCGACCUGGUGCAAGUUCCCGCGCAGCUCUUUGAGGGGUCGCUUCUGCUCGGGCUCAUCUCCCGGGCGGCCCUCGGGUUCGAAGCAAUGCACCGGGCGAACGUGUCAAUACACCCGCUCGUGAUUGCCGGCUGGUGUGGUUUCACCACCCAAGUGUUCAAUAUGCUGCCGGCCGGACGGAUAGACGGGGGUCGAGCUGUGCAGGCGGCCUUUGGGAAAGGGACGCUUGCGGUAACUAGUGUGGUGACAUACCUGCUGCUGGGGCUGGGGCUGUUGGGCGGGGACUUGGCGCUGUCGUUCGGGCUGUAUAUACUCAUUGUACAGCGACGAGCGGAGAAGCCUUGCUUGGAUGAUGUAACAGACGUUGGAAAGGUACGACGAGGGCUCCAUUUAGCCGCUCUAGCAGUGUGUCUCGUCACGUUGCUCCCGGUCUUCCCACAGAUGGCAGAGGACCUCGGCAUAGGUAUCAAUCACAUGGUUAUGUGAUAAUUCCUGAGGUCAAGAGCCUCUAUUCGAAACUGGCAGUACGCGGGUUGCGCCCAUGUUGUUUCAGAUUUGCAAUUGCGGAUGUGUUAUGGUGAGGAUUCCAAGCCUGCGGGCGUACAUCGAUG